AUGGCCACCUCUACGCGCCAGCCGUUUGCCGAGCUUGGCUCGUCACGUCUCCAGGUACUCCAGAGCGCGAAGAACAGGCAAAAUGCUCUUACACCAAACUUCGCGUCUCAGCAGGGCCUGAAGUCAAUUCCUACGCCAUCGACGGGUAAGCGCCAGCGCGCACCCGAGAUCUUCGAAGAUGCCGACUCCGAGAACGUGGACCCGUCCAUCUUCAACAGCCCAACCAAGAAGUCCAAGACAGCCAGCCACAGCGAUGCAGGAUACAUCAAGCCGUCCAUCUUUACUUCGCCGAUCAAGCCCAGUGCCAGCAGCCUCAAUGCGACGCCUUCCGUCCCGUCUGUGCGUAAAGCACUUUCGUCACCCAACACUGCCAAGUCAACGCCCAUCUCCACCAGCCGCGGCUCACCUAAGAACAAGCGUCUCCAUGCUGUUUCAAAGCGUCGCGCAUCCAGCUCGCCCUUCCGACGCGUCGACCCCCCAUCCUUUACGCAGAGCAGCCCCAGCCUACCCUUCUCCAUCGACGCAGCCCUCAGCGGCUCCAUCUCGACUUACACACCCAAGGCCCCCACCGUAGCCGCCACGCCUGUUUCAGCACCCGCCCCGCAGACCCCAAUCGUCGAUGACAGCAUGCCCAAGAGCUGGUUCUUCGAGAUCCACGAGGACACGCCCGAGCAGGAAGCCGCAAACCUUAUGGAGCACUCCGCAUCUGUUCUCGACAUUUCAUCCGAUGAUGACGCAAAGACCAAGGCCAGCAACGAGGACCGCGGCAAGGAGAACGUCCCACCACCAGACUUCCUCGCUGCGCAAGCUCGCAAGCGCAACCACGCUUCGUCUUUUGACGACGGCUACGAGACUGAUAUCCUAGCCGAUAUGCCUGUCAAGCAACCUCGUCUUCGCAAGUUCGUCCAAGAUGCCAUGGAUGAGGACCGCAGGCCGUUGGGUGACCUUGCACCGAGUGAGUUCUAUGCCGAAGGCUGUGACGCUACCUCGUACGUCACUGUCGAUGCUGGAAUCGAGAAGCCCUCGCGUCUGUCAAACGUAUUCGAUGCUAGCUGUGUUACACCCGAGAAGAAAAAGAGUGUUGUUGUUGAAGAAGUCCCCGCUGCCGUUGAGGAAGAGACAACAGUGGCCGAAGAGGUCGUUGCUGCACCUGCUGUCGACGUGCCUGCUGUCGAGGCUGUCGUCGAGAGUACGUCACUGACAUGCGAGGUACCUGCCGCCGCAUCAUGA